UCAAGACGAUGCUCCGUGGGUUUCUCUUUCUGUUAUUUGUCUCGAUGAUCGUGAGCGAAAUUCGCGCACGUGAAGCAAUUAGGCCAGCAACAGAUGUGGAACAAGUAAUCAAAGAUUUGGAAGACCUGCAUGUGGAUACGAUAAUUGAGAGAGGUCCGCCAUGCACAUUGGAUGUCCAAAAGGAUCUACCACGCCCCAAUCAAGUGCAGCCGCUCUACCUUCGUCCACAUACCUCCGAAUAUUGGCUACCCAAUGGCAAGGGCCAGCUACAAAUACCGCGCGGCGCCAGCAUCGAACUGCAUUGCACAAAAUCCUUUGCUAAUGUCAGUGCCACCGCCAACACGGACGAAGACGAGGAUGAUAGCGACGAGGAUGCACCCUUGUUGCUGCAGGUGGCGCACAAUACGCGAAGCAUAAGCGCGCGCUGUCUGCACGACAGGACAUUCGAGUGGGUGGGUGGGAAACACGAGCUUCGACACUUUGUCUGUAAAAAGGCGCUUCGCUACAGCGUGGAGAGGUUGCAGCAGCAGUGCGGAGAGGAGGCGGGCGGCCAGGCCCAUCUCUAUCGGGUUGGUUAUAACAUAAGCGACCAACGCUUUAUAACUACCAUGGAGAUCUGCCACGAUGCCUCCCAGCUGCGCACGCACUACACGCACCAUCGUCUGGUGCCGGCGAGCGUGCACUUUCAACGGCAAGUGAAGCGCACGGAAUUCAGUCAGGCGGGUCACUUUACCGGCUAUAACAUGCAUACACUCUACUCCCAGCGCCAUCAAAUGGAGGAGGCGGCACAGCUGCUGGGUGCCAGCUCCAAUCCAGGCAAUGUAGGAGGGCUCUUUGAUGUGCCCCGUGGCUUGUUUCUAUCGCGCGGUCAUCUGGCGGCCAAAGCGGACUUGAUUUAUGCCAGCCAGCAGCGCAGCACCUUCAACUAUCUGAAUGUGGCGCCACAGUGGCAGAUCUUCAAUGGCGGCCAGUGGCUUGCUGUGGAGGAUGAGACGCGCAAGUUUGUGGCCCGGGGAGGGCUAAAUGUGAGCGUGUAUACGGGCACCUGGGGUGUUAUGUCGAUGCCUGGCAGCGAAGGCAGCGGCUUUUUCCUAGCCCGCGAUGCCAACAACAAUGGCGUGCUACCGGUCCCGCUCCUCUUCUACCGUGUCCUCAUCGACAGUGUACAUCCGUGGCGCGGCAUAGCGCUGGUGGGCGUCAACAAUCCCUUCGCUACACAGGCCCAGUUUGAGGCCGAGUAUGUGAUAUGUGAGCCGGUGCAGGAGCUGGUCGCCUGGUUACGUUGGCUCCAGAAUCGUAAUUUGAGCAAAGGCUAUCUAUAUGCCUGUACUGUUGCAGAUUUGGCUCGUGCUGUCGCUCAUCUGCCCGCUCAGCUGAGCGAGGUGCAUGAGCUGCUGGUUUAGAUAGUCGUAGGUAGCUAAGUGACUGCAAUAAAGACUCCCGGAAAUUGUA